CAGAAAACAGAGUCUUGAGAAAAGGGAUGGAUUGAAUCAGUGUAUACCUACAUAAAUAUGAUAUUCAAAUGAGAGGUUUAAAUUUGUCAAGACCGGAAAGUCGCAGUUACUAUGAACCAGAACACGGUUCGUUAGUCUUGUCAGUCGAAACCAGGGCCCAAUGACCUCAUUGAACCAGGGCCACCACCUCCCGCUUCGUCGUCGCACCCGACGUGGGGGACUUGUUAAACAACCACCAACCCGGGAAUAUCUAAAUUCUCAUCGGACGACAUUUUUCACGCGUAGUCACCGGGGCCUUUGAUUUCACGACAUUUGUGUUGCCAUGAAGCAAUGAUACCAGGACGAGUCUUGUUUCGGCCGGUCGGCGGGCACGGGCUCAGGCCCCCGCCAUGCCUGGUUACAACAACCUGCGCUCUUCGACACCGAUCGCCGGUAACUACAAGACUGGGCCAGCCGAGGCGUCUGAUUCGGAGAUGGGAGAGCACAUCGGGAACUGUUGGGAGCGACAACUCGGGACAUAUCGACACACAACCCAACGAGGCAAUCCUCUUUUUUGACAAUAUCUUCCCCCUCAAGCUCAGCUCAGUACUGCUCUGGAGAGCUUGGGAGACGAAUGAACUGCUCAGGCGAUUCAACAGCGCGUCCUUGAGUUUCCUUGACCCCAUUGGCCUCGUCAAGCGGGCAAUCCCCGAAAGCGCCCCGAUCAAGGUCACCGAGAUCAUCCCGCGGCUCAAAGAAGGCGGGGCUUACGUCAAGUUUACCUAUCCUGACAACAUAUCGCCCGCGGACAUAGAAGAUCAACUGGUCAAAUCUCUCGACAAAACACCCAUCAAGCCGUGGUUCAACCCCUUCCGCCAUAUCAAGUCGCGCCUUGUCCUUGGCCGGCCGUGGCUAGAAGACCUCUACCGCCUCCCGAAGAACCGCCUCAGGAUCGAGUUUGUGCCCGCCAGGAACUCCGAACCGCCAACCGAAUUAUCACAGGAGUCCCUGUACAGCCUGUUUCGCCGAUAUGGGAAGAUCUCUGACAUUACCUCUCAACCCCCCGACUCCAAGGUUCUGCCCAAGUUUGCAUAUGUGGACUUUGUCUUGGUCCGGGACGCCAUUCUAGCCCGGAACUGCAUCCAUGGGUUUGUCCUCCAAGAGGAAGGGAGCAAGAGCCUAACCCGCCUGCGCUUGUCGUACGAACAACGAGUAAAGGCUCACCAAAUUUGGAACUGGGUCACGAACCACCCGCGGAUCGUCAUCCCCAUAAUUGCUGCCUUUUUGGCCGCCUUUACCGUUGCCGUCUUCGACCCGAUCCGCGAGUUUUUCGUCAAGGUGCAUGUACAAAGGUCUUUCGAGUUCACCGAUAGUAAACUGUACAAAUGGUUGAAACGGCAAACCUCCGACAUCCUCACCUUCCACAAGCGGGGAGACGACGACGCGGGCCUCAGUGCCCUAUUUACCCACCGAAGGGACCUGAUCGACUCAAUACAAAAUAACCUACUUGAAACCGUGGGGACAUUCAUCGUCGUUCAAGGACCACGUGGUUCUGGAGGCCGGGAACUUGUUAUGGACCAAGUGCUUGAGGGGCGGCGCGAUGUGUUGGUGGUAGACUGCAGGCAGGUGGUGGAAGCACGGGGCGAGGCGGGAACCAUCAGGAAGCUGGCUAAUCAGGUCGGCUACCGCCCUGUAUUCUCCUGGGCCAACAACCUCAGCAGCAUGGUCGACCUCGCCAUCCAAGGCACCACGGGAGUCAAAACUGGGUUUUCCGAGACUCUCGAAUCACAAGUCACCAAGAUCCUCCAGACCACCGCCGAAGCCCUCAAGGAUGUUUCGCUCGCUCGCAGGAAGAGCGAUAGGGAUGCGAGCCUCACAGACGAUGCCUAUUUAGAGGCCCACCCGGAGAGGCGGCCCGUCAUCGUGAUAGACAACUUCUUACACAAGAGCGAGGAGAAGGCUAUCGUAUACGACAAGAUCUCGGAAUGGGCUUCUGCCCUUGUGCAGGCCAAUAUCGCCCACGUCAUCUUCCUAACUACCGAUACAUCGUUUUCGAAGCCCCUUUCGAAGGCACUUCCGGAUCGUGUUUUCCACCAGAUUACCCUAGGUGACCUCACUCCCGAAGUCGCAAAGCACUUCGUGGUGUCGCAACUCGAAACCGACGACGAUUCCGACAAGAAGGUGAACCAUGCCUCUCCUUCCAUCAGCGAGAAGCAACUCCGGAGGGACCUCCAGGAGCUGGACGAGUGUAUUGACGCCCUGGGCGGCCGCCUAACCGACCUACAAGUCCUGGCCCGCAGACUUAAAGUUGGCCAGAGCCCGAAGAAGGCCGUUUCAGACAUCAUCGAGCAGAGCGCGUCCGAGAUCCUGCGCAUGUUUCUCCUCGCCAACAAAGGUGCUGCCGGCUCCGACGACAAGAAGUGGUCGACCGAGCAGGCCUGGUAUCUGAUCAAGGAGAUUGCCUCCAAGGAAAACCUACGCUACAACGAAGUUCUGCUCUCCAACACCUUUGCCUCGUCCACCACCGCCGGCGCUGGCAACGCCGAGGCUGCCCUCGAGAGUCUCGCCACUGCCGAGCUGAUCACGGUCAAGUCGCGCAACGGCCGACCCGCCACCAUUCGUGCCGGGAAGCCUGUGUACCAGGCAGCCUUCAAUAGGCUGCUCAACGACGCAGUCGUUAACGCGCGGAUGGACCUGGCGUUGCUGACUGAGCUGGCCAAGAUCGAGGCGAAGAUUAUCGACAAGGCCGAAGGGGAGCUCAGCGUGCUUGGAAGUUUGCCCUCGCAACCGUACGAGACUACCGACCGGAUCAACUACCUUUUAGCGAAGCUGCAGAAGAGCCAGCAGAAGAUCGUGGCGUAUGAGAAGGAGAUGGCUGGGUUGAAAAAGGUGUUGUCCGAGGAGGCUUGAGGGCUUCUUAUCCAAGUGUUUAGCGCGCGAGCAAUAGCGGUGGCGUUGGAUACCCUUCUCAACUUCGAUUUGUAGCCGGAGCCCCUCAGUUAGAAAGAAAGCUGUAUUAUACAAGCAAGCACUGGUAUAUUUUGAAGCGGUGAGCGACU